CGGCGGCGGCGGCGGCCGGCGCGGAGGAGGCGGAGCGGGGAGCCGGCAGCCGGCGGGCCGCGCUCCUCCUGCCAGCCGGCCCCGGAUUUUCCAGGCUGGGCGCUGACGUCGCGGGUCUCCCCGCGGCCGCCGCGGACCAUGGGCGACAAAGGGACGCGGGUGUUCAAGAAGGCCAGCCCCAAUGGAAAGCUCACCGUCUACCUGGGCAAGAGGGACUUUGUGGACCACAUUGACCUCGUGGACCCUGUGGAUGGGGUGGUGCUGGUGGAUCCCGAGUACCUCAAGGAGAGGAGAGUCUACGUGACGCUGACCUGUGCCUUCCGCUAUGGCCGGGAGGACCUGGAUGUCCUGGGCCUGACCUUCCGCAAGGACCUGUUUGUGGCCAACGUGCAGUCCUUUCCACCGGCCCCCGAGGACAGGAAGCCCCUGACGCGGCUGCAGGAGCGCCUCAUCAAGAAGCUGGGCGAGCACGCCUACCCCUUCACCUUCGAGAUCCCCCCAAACCUGCCCUGCUCCGUGACACUGCAGCCAGGACCCGAGGACACAGGAAAGGCCUGUGGCGUGGACUAUGAAGUCAAAGCUUUCUGCGCGGAGAACCUGGACGAGAAGAUCCACAAGCGGGGCUUAUUGGGUGACAGACACUGUUCGAAGUGCUGGACAUGUGUGAGCUUAUUUAACCCUUACAGCAAGCCUGAAAGGAACUCGGUGCGGCUGGUCAUCCGGAAGGUUCAGUAUGCGCCCGAGAGGCCUGGACCACAGCCCACGGCCGAGACCACCAGGCAGUUCCUCAUGUCCGACAAGCCCUUGCACCUGGAGGCGUCUCUGGACAAGGAGAUCUACUACCAUGGGGAGCCCAUCUGUGUCAACGUGCACGUCACCAACAACACCAACAAGACCGUGAGGAAGAUGAAGAUCUCGGUGCGCCAGCACGCGGACAUCUGCCUCUUCAACACCGCCCAGUACAAGUGCCCCGUGGCCCUGGAGGAGGCUGAUGACACCGUGGCCCCCAGCUCGACGUUCUGCAAGGUCUACACACUCACCCCCUUCCUGGCCAACAACCGCGAGAAGCGCGGCCUCGCCCUGGACGGGAAGCUCAAGCAUGAGGACACGAACCUGGCAUCCAGCACCUUGCUGCGGGAAGGCGCCAACCGGGAGGUGCUGGGCAUCAUCGUGUCCUACAAAGUCAAAGUGAAGCUGGUGGUGUCCCGGGGCGGCCUAUUGGGAGAUCUGGCAUCCAGCGACGUGGCUGUCGAGUUACCCUUCACCUUAAUGCACCCCAAGCCCAGAGAGGAGCCCCCACACCGGGAAGUUCCAGAGAACGAGACGCCGGUGGACACCAAUCUCAUAGAACUGGACACGAAUGACGACGACAUAGUGUUUGAGGACUUUGCCCGCCAGAGACUGAAAGGCAUGAAGGACGACAAGGAGGAGGAGGACGAUGGCACCGGCUCCCCGCAGCUCAACCACAGAUAGGCCGGGGGCACCUGCCCCCACGGCUCCCACACCCCCGCACUCGGAAGCUUCCUGUCUCCUUCCCCUUCCAGUUCCGGCCCCGCCCCCUUUGUUCUUCUGGUCUCCACCAGGGGACCCAGUGGUCUUCCAGGCCCACCAUGGUGAACCUCUUGCCUCAGG